CAGAGAGAGAGCAGAAUGUUUGGUUUCAAGUGGACUCAAAUGUCUUCAUUCCUUAUGCUGCUUCAUUUGACAGUCAUUUCUUUGACAGCUAUAAAUGGACGGUACUCAGCCUUCAUUGUCAGAGACGGAGAUGAUGUCACUUUGCCUUGUGAAAAUGUGACACACAACCAGAAUGAAUGUGAAAAUACAAACUGGCUCUUCAGUGGCGCCGGAAACACACCAUCAGUGGAGCUGGUUAACCUUGGACGGAUUGUUGAAAACGCCAUAUCAGAGGGACUGAGUGUUACAGCAGACUGUUCUUUGGUUAUAAAAAAUGUCACACGUGAGGAUGUUGGUCGUUACAGCUGCAGACAGUUCAGAUCAGGACAACAACAUGGUGAAGAUGCUCACGUUUAUCUGUCUGUUGUUACCAUGGAGGAAGAUAAGGACAACGAUAACGUUAAACUCUCCUGCUCUGUGUCAACAUACGGAUGGUGUACACAGAGAAUGAACUGGCUGUUUAACAGUAACAAUAUCAGAGAUGUAAAGACGUCACAGUCUUACUGCACGUCCAGUCUUACCUUUAUGAACUCUCCCGACACUGACACAUCAAGUUAUGGAUUGUCUGUGUGUCAAACAGUUGAUAUUUUCACUGGGAAAGUGAAGCAGUUCACCUUCAGCCGCCAGUCAGGUGAGGCUGCGACAACAAUGGGAACGAUUGAAAACGGCACAAAAGCAACAGCUGCAGACGACACAAGAUCACCACAAGACUGGUGGAGAUACACCAUUGUGUGUGUGUGUUUAGCAGCACUGAUAAUAACUGUUGUGGCUGUUAACAUAUGGACAAAAACUAAAGGGAACAAAACACAAAUGGAUGAAAAUCAGGUGCACAACAUCGAAAAUGAUAGUACAGUUAUCUAUGAAAAUCUGGGAGACCUUGAUGCCUCUGUCAGACUCCACUGAUCAAAAUGGACUGCUUUAUAUUGUGCUCUUUUUUGACCACAGACACUGGGUUGCAGCAAGCAUUUUAGCCUAGCUUCAUUUUGGUAUGUUGGCAAGUUUCUCUUAGAAUUAAUGUUAGUUAGCAACAGCUGAUAUGACCUGAAGCCCAAGAAUGCAACGACCCUAACUCUUAAGCCUUGUAAAGCCCUGGCCUCAUGAACUGACUAAACAGAGCUCAAACAUCCAGGCCACACUUGCAUAUAUAUGCAUGUAAUACAAGCAGCAAACUUUAUUGGAUGAUGGAAGUGGUGAUCAGCAUCUCAGCUAAGGAGGAAAGACUUUAUAUGCAGGUGUCAUGCUGGGAAGCAUCAACACAUUCUCACUCUGACCAAACGUCACAUAUCGACGUUUAGGCCGUGGACUAUCCACAUUGAGAUACGAUGUGCAAGGUACCCUGGCUGUGUUGGUUGUUGAUGUGCUGGGACACCGUAUCUAGCUCUGCCUGUUACAUUGUAGGACAGACACCUCCCUUUUGAACUUCCCCUGAACCAGUAUUAUCAAUGAACAGACCAACGAGAGACCACCAGAGGGUCAAAAGUUAAGUACUCAACCCCGGAAUCACCCCCAGUCUUGACAAACACUUCUUUCAGCCAUCCUUAAGCCAAAAACAGGUAAAAAGUUCACUUGAGAUCCCCCCAAAGUUCCAGAUGUCGCUUAAAAGGAUCCACCCUGGGGGCAACUCACUUGAUUAACACCCAGCUAGGGUCUUAAGACAAUGCCUCUUUUCUCAACCACAUCCUGUCCAUUUCUGUCACCCCGGGGAAUCACAUCCUUCCCCUCUCUCACCAAAAGUUUCUGUGGUAACAAACUUGGCAUGUCUGUUGGAAGUAAAAUUAUACUAUUUAUCCAUGUUUUAACGUUGUAAAUGUGCAUAAUCGUUUUUUGUUAGUUGAAUGAUGUUUUGUUUUUGAUCUUGUAAGACAGAAGAUAAGGAAAUUGUGAUUUUAGAUUUUUAAUCCCUCAUUUAACAUAGUCAUACUGCCAUCUUGAGAUGUUAGUCAAAGUGGGUUCUCUUAAGGAGCCCCAUAUUAUAUUUAGAGUUAGAAUAUAGUUGGGUUUAUUAAUCAACUUGUUUUCAUGAAUAUUUGCUUCUUCAUUUUGUUUUUUUCAUUAUAUAUUAAAACUCUAGGUUAGUCUAGAGUGUGUGUAUUUGAAGCAGUUUAUACGUGUACUUUGCUGAUACACGCGGUAUAAUAAUUGUAUUAACUUUGCAGUUUUUCUCAAUUGUUUACACACAAAUACUGGUACUUGAGACACAAUGACCACAACAUGUAACUCAUGCACCAACCCCCUGAGCCAAUUCUGCUAAACUACAAGCACAAUUCUUGCUUUACAUUCAAAUUGCAGUUCUAAAACAGACUUUUUUCAAAACACUACACACAGUUCUCUGCAUUUGGCACAAUUUUCAUGAAGAAAAUCUCGUUUUCACAAGGAACACACUGUCAUUCAAAAUUCUAAAGUUAAUUGCCCUACUAUGCACAUUGACUCAUCACAUGGGCAAACACCUGUCACACAGUUUUACAAUUAGCAAUCAGAGCUUUAGCUUAAAAGGGAAACAGGUGAGCUCUUCUGUUUUGGAGCAAUGGAUGCCAACAUUGGAAACAGAGGCAGAGCCAGAGCCAGAGGAGUGAGAGUAAGAGGAGGAGGACGGGGAGGACGGGGAGGACGAGGA